AAACCAUUUAUGCACAUCCCUGGGGCCCCUUUAGCCCACCCAACACUACAUAUAUAAACCUCCUUCACUACUUCAAUUACUUCCAUCAAUUCUUACUUAGGAAUCAACACUUAUUGUUAGAGAAAUGGAGCACAGAGAAGAGGAUGUUAGAGUGGGAGCUAAUAAAUAUUCAGAGAGGCAAGCGAUUGGCACGGCGGCACAGAGUCAAGACAAGGAUUACAAGGAGCCACCACCAGCGCCCCUGUUUGAGCCAGGGGAGUUGAUGUCCUGGUCCUUCUAUCGUGCUGGAAUUGCAGAGUUCAUGGCCACUUUUCUCUUUCUUUAUAUCACUGUUUUAACUGUCAUGGGAGUGUCCAAAUCCGAAUCCAAAUGUUCAACUGUUGGAAUUCAAGGCAUUGCUUGGGCUUUUGGCGGCAUGAUUUUCGCCCUAGUUUACUGCACUGCAGGAAUUUCAGGGGGACACAUAAACCCGGCAGUGACAUUUGGGUUGUUCUUAGCAAGGAAAUUGUCGUUGACAAGGGCAUUGUUCUACAUGGUAAUGCAGUGCCUCGGAGCCAUAUGUGGUGCUGGUGUUGUAAAAGGGUUCGGGAAGACUCUUUACCAAACUAAAGGUGGUGGUGCUAAUGUUGUAAAUCCUGGUUACACCAAGGGGGAUGGCCUAGGUGCUGAAAUAAUAGGCACCUUUGUUCUUGUCUACACUGUUUUCUCUGCCACUGAUGCCAAACGUAGCGCCAGAGACUCCCAUGUUCCGAUCUUGGCACCGUUGCCUAUUGGAUUUGCGGUGUUCCUAGUGCACUUGGCUACAAUUCCCAUCACUGGAACUGGUAUUAACCCAGCUAGGAGUCUUGGUGCAGCUAUCAUCUACAACAAGGAACACGCAUGGAAUGACCACUGGAUAUUCUGGGUUGGACCAUUCAUUGGGGCGGCUCUAGCGGCUCUAUAUCACCAAGUUGUUAUCAGGGCAAUUCCAUUUAAGUCCAAGUGAAGUUUCUUUUGAGUCAUUUUGACCACAUAUCGCUCAAGUUUAUCGUUUCAUGGCCGUUGCAAUCAUGGUGAUCAAACGCCUCAUUCUGCCCAUUUUCCUUUGUUUCCUUUUUGUCUUUUGUUUUAUAUCUCUAUGUAUUUAUAAGUUAUUUAAGUAGGGGAAUGUAUGUGUGCGGCAUAUGUUCUUUAAAUGGAUUAUUGGUUUUCAUUCAAGUCCAAAGAGAACAUGCCGAUGGGCCCAAUAAUAAUUGCGUUGGCUUUUGCUUAA